AUGAGUAGAGCUAGAGGUGGAGGACGUCGUGGUUUUGGUGGAAGAAGUGGGUCGGGAUUUGGUCGACCGAAUUUCUCAAGUGAAUUACAAGCCUUAUUACAUCAAACUCUUUCAAACGAUACAUCAGCUGGAAUUGAAUUUCAAGAACCAAUACCACCUUCUGAAGAUGAACAUAAAAUGCUUAAUGCAUUAUUUGGAUAUAAAGCAGCACUCAAAGAUUCUGCUUUUUUUAUAAUCCCAUCACCACCGUCAUCUGAUAUUCAACGAUAUUCUGAUCAAUUCAAAAAAAAGAAAACUCAACAUUCAUUGCGAGAUAUUAAGACAGAUUUGGCAUUCUACCCACAUGAAUUACAUACGGUUAAAGAUGAUUCAAUAAUAGCAACAGUUUCUACUAAUGAAAUUCAAAGGAAAAUUCAUUUUGAUUUUGAUUUGACAUUUGGACAAUUGUUAGAACAAGAAAGUAAAGAAAAGGCUAAAAAUGUUGAGCAAGUCGUUGAAAAUGAAAUAGAAAAAUUUGCCGAGAUAGAACCAUUUCAGGAAGACGAAGAAUAUGGGGAUGCUACAGAUUAUGUCGAAAGUUACUUUGAUAAUGGAGAAGCAGAUGAUGCAUUCGAAGACGAUGGUGGUGGCGGAGAGGCGUAUUUUGAUUAA